AUGGGCCGAAAGCGAACCUUUGACUCCGCUUCUUGUUCACGUGACGUCGACGAAGAGCUAUCGCAGCCGUCAGUGAAGAUGCCGAGACCGUUAAGAAGAAGUCAAUCAUUGAGAGCGAGGGGUGCAGGAGUGGUGGAAUUAGCCUAUCAGCUCGCUGAGCUCAAUGCUGAACAAGCUCCGGAUCAGGAUACGGAAGUCGGCGAAGAUCCUAUGGUGGAUGAAUUAGAGAGACCCGGGGCUGAACACCCAGAAGAAGUUGAAGAAGCUGCUGACGAAGUCCAAGAAGAAAAUGUGGUCGAUGUCCAGGGCGAGGCAAGGAUUCCUAAUCCGCAUCCGACGUUCCAACAGGUCAUCUAUGGUGCCGGGUGCCGCUUUCAAAUUGCAUUUCGGGGUAAGCGAAAAAAUGGCAAGUUUUUUGGACGAUUG